AUGGUAUCCCCACUUCCGCCGCGGCUACGGUGGAAGCUGAAGGUCUUCGACGGCCAGGUCCUGCCAUUUUCUGCAUCGUCAGUGCUGCCCGUGUACGUGGCAGCCACACGCCUGACGAAGCGUGGGUGGCGGUCUACCUUGUUUUUGGCGGUACUAUGCUUCAUGGCUGGUAUGGUGUUGUUUCGAUCCUUUUCGUAUUACCUCGGGCGGCCGUCGCUCUACGAAGAGUACCACUCACGGGAGGAGAAGCUGCCACACUAUGAAGAGUACGCACGGAGGUCGGACGUCAAGUACCUGUGGGCGGAGAAUUUUGCACACAACUCUGGCUGGGGGAAUGUCAUGCAGGACUUCAUCAUGAUGGGAUUAGUGGCGCAUGCCACGAACCGCUCCCACGUAUUCAGUGACUACGUCUGGGACUUGGACCAUGGACCAUACAGCAACUUUCAUGGAAAAUCCAUCCCAUCGCGAAUUCCGUUAACUGCCAUUGUCGGUGGUCCGAUGGUAGGCGGCGAACUGCCUCCAGGAGACACGACUCCUCGGGCAGUAUCGAGAAGCUUCUUUCAUAGAGUCUGCCCUAAUCCAACCAUCGUCAACGUCAAGGACGUUAAUACUGAUGAAAUAGUGUUUGGGGACGUCUCGGCCUCGUCAAUAUUCGAGAUGUGGGUCCAGAAGAUCAACUCCAUAGACGACCAGUGUAUACAGCUUGAGGGCUCGCACAAUCUCCCAAUUUUUGAUUAUUGGAUGUACGGAGACAAAAAGCGCAUGCUUCCCGUCUGGCCGUAUCUCUCGAAGUCGCCGGUUGUCACCCACUGGCGAUGGUCCCCGCUUGUCAUUGACGCCUUCAAGAAGAACCUUCACUUUUUGGCACCAACUUCGCCAUUAUCCCUUUUCUCGAAUACGCCCAACGUUGACAGUUCCGAUAUAAUUCCUGGGCUGCUCGCAAUCCACGUGCGUCGAGGCGACUUUGCUGAUCACUGCAAAAAUCUCGCUGCGUGGUCGUCCGAGUGGAACGCGUUCAACGCGUUCCCUCAGUUCAUUGACAAAUUUAAAGUGCCGCAAAGCGUCGGUCUGGAAGCGGCGGCGGCGGAAGAUUAUAAGACGGCAGCGUAUGAGCGAAGGUGUUAUCCAUCCAUCGAUCAGAUCGUAGAGAAGGUCUCUCAUAUCAGAGACGACGCGGAUGAUUCACUCAAUUAUCUGUACAUCAUGACUAAUGGCGCGUCGGAGUGGGUGAGCGAGUUGAAGCAAGCGCUUCAGCGAGCGACAGCAGGUUCUCAGCCGUGGGAGAAUAUUGCAAGCAGUCGGGAUUUGCAGUUGACCUGGGAGCAGAAGUAUGUGGCGCAAGCUGUGGACAUGUACGUCGCUGAGCGAGCGCAAGUGCUGAUUGGCAACGGGUGGUCAAGCUUGACGUCCAAUGUAAAUGUUUUGCGAAUGGGGAAGAAGUUUCCACCGGAGUCUUCCAGAUUCUGGUAG